AUGAAAUUUUAUUCCAGAUCUCUAUAUAAUAAGGAUUCAACCUUAUAUUCUAUAAUGUGUAUAAUUCAUGAAAGUUUAGAUGCAGCUAAUAAUCUGCAUUUUAAGUUUUAUGUGAAAAUGUAGAAGGAGCGAUAUGCUUGUAAAAUCAUAGUAUUUUAUUAAUUUUUCAUUAGGUAAAAAAUACUUUAUAUAUUAGAAGAGAUAAGCUAAAUGAUGGAUUUUGUUUGUUUAUUAUCGCAAUUAUAUGA